CAUCGUCAUCAUCAUUAACAAUCCUUCUCACUCUAUCUCCACUUCUUCUUCUUCUGGUUCUUCUUCCUCGCUCUCUCCGCCAUGAAUUGAACCUCCAUUGGAAACAGCUCGGAACUUCGAUAACGCCGCUAUCACAUCUUCAACGCCUCCCUUCGAUUUUCUCGCUUCGCAAUGGUUUUUGUCGAGGAUUCCCACUCCAGCUCGGCUCGCUUCCCUAUGCCGCGGGGCUGCUCCUCCUCCGCCGGGAAUGUCCACCGCAACGUCGGCCGGUCAAUGCGGACAAUCCGGUCAAACCUCUAUAAGGACGAGAACAGGUCCGAGUUCGUCUCCGAGAACUUGACGGACUCCGUGGUGGACAUGCGGCUUGGCGAGCUCGCGGCCCGGUACAACAAGCUCAGUGCCUCGGCCAAGUCCACCUCGUCGGAGGAGGAGUUCCUGGAGCUCUCGCAGGCAUUCAGCGACUUCUCUGCAUGCAGCAGCGACAUCUCUGGCGAGCUGGAGCGGCUCGCGAGCCUGCCGUCGCCGGAGAACGUGCAGGAUCGAGAGAACCAGGCCCACAAUCCCGAGCCUGAGCCAUGCGUGGGGUUUCUGCAGAGGGAGAGCUUCUCGACGGAGAUUAUUGAGAGCAUCUCGCCAGAGGAUCUUCUGCCGACGGUCAAGAUCUGCAUCGAUGGACUGCAGUCCCCGUCCAUCAACGUGAAGCGAUCUGCUGCAGCCAAGAUAAGGCUGCUUGCCAAGAACCGCGCCGAUAAUCGAGCUCUAAUCGGAGGGUCCGGUGCAGUACCUGCUCUGAUACCUCUUCUACGAUGCAGCGAUCCUUGGACACAGGAACAUGCUGUGACUGCACUGUUGAAUCUCUCUCUGCAUGAGGAAAACCGGUUCCUAAUCACUAAUGCAGGAGCUAUAAAAUCCCUUGUGUAUGUGCUAAAGACUGGAACAGAGACCUCGAAGCAAAACGCGGCCUGUGCCUUAUUAAGCCUUGCGCUGGUCGAAGAGAACAAGAGCUCGAUCGGAGCUUGUGGUGCUAUCCCGCCCCUUGUGUCUCUACUUCUCAAUGGAUCGAAUCGCGGGAAGAAGGAUGCCAUAACUACCCUCUACAAGUUGUGCACGAUACGCCCGAACAAGGAGAGGGUGGUGAGUGCUGGAGCCGUGAAGCCACUGGUGGACAUGGUUGCUGAGCAGGGGACUGGGAUGGCGGAGAAGGCCAUGGUGGUGUUGAGUAGCCUGGCGGCGAUCGAGGAAGGUAAGGUGGCAAUUGUAGAGGAAGGCGGGAUUCCUGCACUUGUUGAAGCGAUCGAGGAUGGAUCGGUAAAAGGGAAGGAAUUUGCUGUGAUGACUCUGUUACAACUUUGUGCUGAUAGUGUCAGAAAUCGUGGAUUGCUCGUGAGAGAAGGUGGGAUUCCUCCGCUUGUUGCUCUUUCACAGAGUGGUAGCAUCAAAGCAAAGCAUAAGGCUGAAACACUUUUGGGUUACUUGAGGGAGCCAAGGCAAGAGGCUUCCUCUUCGAGCCCUUGAGAAGGUAGUCUUUCUGCAACUACUUACAGAGUUAACAAUACAGAGUUUCGUCAUGUCCUUGGUUGUAUAUAAGGAGAGCGCUGAUGGUUUGUUUGUAUAGUGUGGUUGAGGAUUUCGGGUGAGUGAAUUGUAGAAGGAAGAGGGGAAGUUUAGAUUAGUGAUUGAAAAGAAAAGCAACUGACUGUUAGGUGAAUUGUCUCGACGGCGGUCUUUUGGGGUUUUUGAUUUCUCCGGUCUCUUUUGAGUUGUAUGAUGCUGGAGGUGGUUCACAUGUUUCUCUUGUUGAUUUUGGGUUUAUGAGAGUCGGGUUUUACCGAUUAUCUUAAGAAAUAAAGAGUUUGGGUUCUCAUUUCUCUGUACA